AAUGUCAUUUGUAUGGGAAGUGGCUGAAAAGUAGUUUGCAGCUGGAUACGUGAAUGCUUAACAAAAAUGGAUCGGUUCUUGUGGUCAAAUGGUCUGCUGGAGAUGAACGAAACCUUAGUGAUCCAGCAAAGAGGUGUCAGAUUAUACGACGGAGAUGAAAAGGCGAAACUUGAUGUCGGUAUUGUCCUCCUGAGUACGCAUCGACUAAUCUGGAGGGACAUGAAAAACCACGAGUGCUGCAUUGCCAUACCCCUGUCCCAGAUCAUCUUCUUUGAGGAGCAAGCAGCAGGAAUUGGAAAGAGUGCAAAGAUUGUUAUUCACCUGCACCCCGUGUCCCCCAACAAAGAGCCAGGACCCUAUCAGCACAGCAAGUACUCCUACAUCAAGCUGUCCUUCAAGGAGCAUGGCCAGAUAGAGUUCUACCGCCGACUGACCGAGGAGAUGACGCAGAAGAGGUGGGAGAGGACGCCUGUGUCCCAGCCAAUGUCGACAGCAACGGGACCUCAGGCAGGAAGGACCCGCGCCGUGGGGAUCGUGGGCAUCGAGAGGAAGCUGGAGGAGAAGAGGAAAGAGACGGACAAAAACAUUUCAGAGGCCUUUGAAGACCUCAGCAAGCUGAUGGAGAAGGCCAAGGAGAUGGUGGAGCUGUCCAGAUCCAUAGCCUCCAAAAUCAAGGAGAAACAAGGCGACAUCACUGAGGAUGAGACGAUACGGUUCAAGUCCUAUCUGCUGAGCAUGGGCAUCGCCAACCCGGUCACUAGGGAGACCCACGGCUCAGGCACGCACUACCACAUGCAGCUGGCCAAACAGCUAGGGGACAUGCUCCUCGCUCCGCUGGAGGAGCGUGGAGGUAUGAUGGCUCUCACUGAAGUCUACUGCCUGGUCAACCGUGCGCGUGGGAUGGAGCUGCUGUCUCCAGAGGACCUGGUGAACGCCUGUAAGAUGUUUGAGUCCCUUAAGCUGCCUCUGAGGUUGCGUGUUUUUGACAGCGGGGUGAUGGUGGUCCAGUUGCAGUCCCACAGUGAGGAAGAGAUGAUUGCAUCUGCGCUGGAUAAUGUGUCUGAGAAAGGGUCACUGACCUCUGAGGAAUUCGCCAAGCUCCUGGGACUGUCUGUUCUUCUCGCUAAAGAGAGAUUGUUGCUGGCUGAGAAAAUGGGCCACCUCUGCAGAGAUGAUUCUGUGGAGGGCCUGCGGUUUUACCCCAACCUCUUCUAAUAAAGCCCCCGAGAGCGUCAUCAACGCACCGCCCGUCAGCGAUCUCCACCCCCCUGGCCUUGUUUUGGACCCUCAGAGAUUGCCGAACUUCAGAGCGAUUGCUGAGGCGUCCUUACCGAAGUCCACUUCGCUUUGAGCAAAAUGGCUGUCUGCAAAUGUGGCAAAAUUGCUUAAAAGAAGUGUUCUCCCUUGUCUUAAGAGAGCAAGACAACAAAUAGACGGAUGCAUUGUUUCGUUACUUGAAUAAUACUUAUGGUAGUUAUAAGGGUGUCUGGCCACACUGAGAGGAAUAAUCUGUUUCUCCCUUGUUUAUGUAGCUCUGAGGGAUGUCAUCCCAGCUACUAAGUCCAAAGGAUCAGGGCACAGCACACCUGUCAUGCUGGAACAUCUUACUGUAGGCAGCAGGUCUAGAGGUUUUAGGCAAGGAUAGGAUUCUACAAGCAAAUAAACAAGGUGUUGUUCUAAAGGUUCUUAAAAAAUAUUGACAUGCACCUAUAAUACUGUUUGUCCAAGUGCAUAGAAAUAUUUGCAUAUCAUGAGUCUGUCUGGUGCCAGGUUUUGGUAGCACUUGUGGCCACAAAUCAGCUGAUUUGGGAAACAUCCAAUAUGUCAUAUCACUCCUUUAAUCUGUCAACUUUUAUUAGGUAAAGAGACUUGCUCCUGGGACCUGUUAUCAACAUUGUUAUGAAUUU